UCUAGAUCCAUCAAGCAAGGUUGAAUCCAACAAAGCCUAGUCAUCUUAGCGCACGCUAAGUUUAACGUGGAAUGUCUGAGAGCGAAGUAGAAAUCGAGCUAGAAGGGAACAUCUCCGUUCCCGAAAGUAACGAAGAAGAUGAUGGAACACUAGAUGAACCAAUUUUUACUACAUUGAAACGAGAUCUGCUGGCAAUUGUAACGAAGUGUACACAUGUGAUUAUUCCAAGGAGGAGCAAAUAUCUUCUUAGAGACUGGGAUCUGUGGGGACCACUCAUCUUGUGCUUGGUGCUGGCUGUGUUGCUGCAUUCUCCCAAUACAGCGCCAAACUCAAACAACUCUGAUUUAGUGAACAGCAAUAAUGGGCCAAAUUUCAUUGAUGGACCAAAUUUUGUUGAGGUGUUUGUGAUUGUGUGGUGCGGAUCAGCAGCAGCUACUAUCAACUCUCAGCUGCUUGGCGGCUCCAUUUCAUUUUUUCAGAGCCUGUGUGCUCUUGGUUAUUGUUUGUUUCCUUGCACUGUGGUGGCAGCUGUCAGCUAUACAUUGAAGAAAUUUAUUUUUUCAAACGUGUUGGAGCUGGGAUCAUUUGUCAUUCAUAUAAUACUUACUAUGUUUGGAUGUUCGUGGGCAAUUUUGGAUUUGAUGUAUGAAAUAUAUGACAUACUAAUGUUUUGGAGACGACAGGGAGACAGACAAAAGAAACAAACAGACAAACAGAACAUUGUGUCAAGUGCAGGAAGUAUGGAUGAAGCAGCAGCAAGAAGAAGAGAACAAUUAUGCAUUGCAGGUGCUGUAAGGCCACACCGUUUUUUUCUAUGUACUCAUGCGUGUAGGUUUUACUCUGACUGGAAGAAUAAAGAACAUCAUGUGACUUGAUCAAAAGUACAUUUUAGUUAGAAUAGCAGUGCUUUGAAAUAGCUAUUAAAGAUGGUAAGGCGGCACCGA